CUCGUGUCGACCAUACUGCUACAGCACAACCAGCACCACAAUCCAUCCCCGCAUCAAACCCACUCUUUCUUUCGCGAAUCACGCGUAAAUCCUAUUCAACUCUCAAACAAACCCCAAAUCCCACACUGAAAUGGCUUCUGAAGUCGUUGCGAAGCUGCAAACGUUGGUGACUGGCGAGUCAAAGAGCGCCCGCAAGAAGAAGUCCAAGGGCGAUGCCACCGCUGUUCCAGCCGCGCCUGAGCAGACGUCUUCGGAGGCUGGCGCAGGCGGCUCUGACCCAGCAGGAAAGGCCAAUGGUGGUGACAGCGAGAACUCGUACAUUAGAGAGCUCCAGAAGAACAUUCGCAACAUCAACAAGAAGCUGAAUGCUACCCAGAAGGUCGACUCCAUAGUCGAAGCGAAUCCCGGCAUCUCACUUGAUGACCUCCUCGCAUCCCGCAAGAUCAACCCUGACCAGAAGGCGCAGGCUGAGAGGAAGCCGGGUCUCCAGAGCCAGCUUGCCCAAUUCGAGGAGCAGAUCGCGCAGUACAAGAAGUUCGACCAGGAGUACCAAGAGAAGAUUGCUCGCGAGAAGGAGCUGCAGAAGGAGAUCCUUUCCAAGUCACAUUCUGGAGAACUCGAGGCGCUGAAGGAGACGCUGAAGUCUGAGGCGGCUAUUGAGCAGAAGAAGGCCGUCCGCGAGAAGCUCCUCACUCUGUCCCGCUUCUUGAGGGCUGCCGCUGCUCGACGCCAGCUUGGAGACGACGACUCGGACCUUACCAAGGCUUUUGAGGGCGCUCUGCUGCAGGUAUAUGGAGGUGACGCCAGCGCUGUGCUCGCCGCAGAGAAGCUCAUUGACGGCACGGAGGAUGGUGUUCCCAACACAGAGGGUGUGGUUCUGAACGUUACAUACGCCCAGGUCAAGCAGUCUGCGCUCGAGGAAGCUCCCUUCGCCGCCGAGGAGGCCUGGGUCGACGAGGUGGCACAGUCACAGCCCGCUCCUCCUGAGACACAGUCACCAGAGCAUGGCUCUGACCCCACCAUUGCUCACGCUGGACUCACGGAGAUCGAUGCCGGUGCCACAGCUGUUGACGGAACUGCAGAGACCGAGACCCCCACCGCCCCGGCGGCUUCGAGCAUUGAGCCAGAGGCUGCGAACGCUGCAGCGACUGAGCAGUGGGACAAGCAGCCAAGUGGUCAAGACGAUCCUCUCUCGGAGUCCUUCGAAAUCGUUCCGCGAGACCCCGCUGAGACUGAGACUCCACACGUAGCUGCCCCUGUCACUAGCACGCAGAGCUGGGCUGAUGACACUCCCGAGCCGGUAGCGGCGCCUGCUGCUGCGGCGACUGGCACCGACGGCUUCCACGAGGUCCAGAGCAACCGUGGUAGUCGAGGACGAGGCGGACAACAUCACGGCGAGGGGCGUGGAGGCUACAGGGGCAGGGGCCGAGGCGGUCCCCGAGGCGACUACCGCGGUCGAGGACGCGGUCGUGGAGAGUUCCGCGGCGAAUUCCGGGGUCGAGGCGGCUUCCGUGGCGCUCCCCGUGGCGAGCCGACGCCGACGUCGUAAGACGCUCCAUGACCGUCUUCAUAUCAACUUACCUUGAGCAUACGAAGGGACUGGGUUCUACGCAAACCUCUUCUUGGGUUGCUGGAACAUGUGUACCUUUCUAGCUCUAGGGCGUUUGAGCGACAGACACCACACCAAACAAAAACAAAAAACCCAGCUUACGAAGCAAAUGUACAGCCUCAUCUCAUUCACUGCAUAGCGUUGGAGCGUCGGAUCUUUCGGGCAUGGGCCUUGUACUAUAUUCAUGGUCUUUCUGGGGGGUUACGAUCUGGCGCUUGAGAAAUACGAAUUUUAUGAGCUUGUAAAUCAUGGAUCUUUUGUGCAACUGUGACUUUUUUUUUCGUUUCUGCUCGAUGCUGAAUCUGACAUUCUUAUUGUUGUUUCGUGAUUGAGUGAUUGGACUGGGGAAGAGGGCUUCCUCGUCCCUGACUGGAUGGCCCUGAUGCCGAGAAGAGUGGAGAUGCAAGUGUGGAGAUGAGAUGC